AACUAGGCGAAUGCUUUGAGUAUAUUGUAGUUAAGAAUAAUUCAUCACAAAGAAUAGGGGAUAAAAUGGAGUAUCCAGAGGUAGUGAGGCAAUUAGUCUUAAAAAAGUUUAAAGAUGGUAAUAAAGCAG